GACACACUAGAGAAUUCACCACACAAUGCCAAAGGUGUUUAAGAAAAACAAACACCAAAAAAUUUAUUACUGUUCCAAAAGUGCCCAAGAACAAAUACCGGAGAAUUCACCACACAAUACCAAAGUUGUUCAAGAACAAAUACCAGAGAAUUCAUCAUAGUGCUGAAUGUGUCCAAGAACAAACACCAAAGAAUUCACCACACAAUGCCAAAGGUGUUCAAGAACAAACACCAGAGAAUUCAUCAAAUGCUGAAAGUGCCCAAGGACAAAUGCCAGAGAAUUCACUAUACAACACCGAAGGUGUUCAAGAACAAACACCAGAGAAUUCAUCAAAGUGUUCAAGAACAAACACCAAAGAAUUCAUCACAGUGCCGAAAGUGCCCCAAGAACAAAUGCUGGAGAAUUCACCACACAAUGCCGAGAACAAACACCAGAGAAUUCAUUAUAGUGCUGAAAGUGCCAAAGGACAAAUGCCAGAGAAUUCACCACACAAUACCAAAGGUGUUAAGAACAAACAUCAGAGAAUUCAUCACAGUGCCCAAGAACAAAUGUCAGAGAAUUCACCACACAAUGCCGAAGGUAUUCAAGAACACCAGAGAAUUCAUCACAGUGCCAAGGACAAAUGCCGGAGAAUUUACCACACAAUUCCGAAGGUAUUAAAGAAUACCAGGACAAAUGGAGAAUUCACUACACAAUGCCGAAGGUGUUCAAGAACAAACACCAGAGAAUUCAUCACAGUGCCAAAAGUGCCCAAGGACAAACGUCAAAGAAUUCACCACAACACUGAAGGUAUCCAAGAACAAAUACUAGAGAAUUCAUCACAGUGCCAAAAUUGCCCAAGGACAAACACCGGAGAAUUCACUACACAAUACCAAAAGUGUUUAAGAACAAACAUCAGAGAAUUCAUCAAAAUACUGAAAAUGCCCAAAAACAAACACUGGAAAAUUCACUACAUAACACCAAAGGUGUUCAAGAACAAACACCAGAGAAUUCAUCAUAGUGUCGAAAGUGCCCAAGGACAAAUGCCAGAGAAUUUACCACACAACGCUGAAGGUUUCAAGAAAAAACACCAGAGAAUUCAUAACACCGAAGAUGCCCAAGAACAAAUACCAGGCAUAACACCAAAAGCAUCCAAGAACAAACACCAGAGAAUUCACUACACAACACCAAAAUUAACAAACACCAGAGAAUUCAUUACACAAUGCCGGAGACAAGCACCAAAGAAAAAGAACUCUCACACAACAUUGAAAGUGUUCAAGAAAAAUUCACCAUAUACUGCCAAAAGUGCCCGAAAACAUGCACCAGAGAAUUCACCACAUAAUACUGAAAGACAAGCACUAGAGAAUUCAUCACACAAUGCUAAAUGUGCCCAAGAACAAGCACCAGAGAGUUUACACACAAUGCCAAAUAUGCCCAAAGACAAUACCAGAAGGUUUACAAUGCUAAGGACAAACAACAAAGAUUCAUAUGCCAAAAAAAUGCCCGAGGACAAACACCAGAAGAUCCACAAUGCCGAAUUGAGAAUUCACCUUACAUUGCCAGAAGAGCACAGAAAUACACUAUAUAACGUCAAAAGUUCCUAG